AUGGAUGAGAGCUCCGUCUCUGCUUCACCUGUUCUAAUUCUCCAAAUGGCCGACAUCCUUAUCCUCGCCCUCUUCGCAGCCUCUAUCCUACGGCGUACAAAAUCAGUGGGUAAGGGUGGUGUCAUCACAUCUGUCGUUGUAUUAAAUGUCGCUGUCAGUUUCAUUCAGGAAUACAGUGCCGAGAAAACCAUGGAUUCCCUCCGAUCCCUAUCCUCACCCACCACAGUCGUCCCAACACGUUUCCUGGUACCGGGCGAUAUCGUUAACGUUCUGGUCAAGAGGGGUGAUGUCGUACCGGCAGAUCUCUGA